AUGGGUUUGGUAUGUGUCCUUAUGCAGCAUGGGAAAGUCGUAGCCUAUGCUUCGAGGCAGCUGAAGCCUCACGAGCAGAACUACCCCACUCAUGAUCUCGAGUUAGCUGCAGUCAUCCACGCAUUUAAGAUUUGGCGGCACUACCUCUAUGGAGGCAAGUGUGAGAUAUUUACCGAUCACAAGAGCCUAAAGUACAUUUUCACUCAAAAGGAGUUGAAUAUGCGACAGCGUAGGUGGCUGGAGCUGGUCAAGGACUAUGAUUGCACGAUUAGCUACCAUCCAGGGAAAGCUAACAUGGUUGCUGAUGCAUCGAGUCGGAAGAGUCAUAGCCAGCUGUCUUGCCUACUCACUGGGCAAGAUGUCCUAGUUCGGGAGUUCGAGCAGCUACAACUAGAGGCAGUGGAAUCGACUUCGACGGCCGGUGGUAUGUUGACCACUUUAGUCGUUGGACUGACUCUUCGGGAGAGAAUA